AUCAUAGAGCGGUCCAUAAUAAUAAUAAUAACAACAUGGUGCUGCAGGAAGAAGCUGGUGGUGAAGCUGCAGAGCGUGGAGGAGGCCGUGGAGACGUCCCACGCCAGGUGCUCCUCUCUGGAGAAGAGCAAGCAGAGCCUGCAGACGGAGGUGGAGGACCUGGUGGUGGAGCUGGAGCGCUCCAACUCCGCCGCCCUGGCGCUGGACAAGAGACAGCGCAACUUUGACAAGGUGCUGGGUGAGUGGAAGCUGAAGCUGGAGGACAGCCAGACGGAGCUGGACGCGUCCCAGAAGGAGUCCCGCGCUCUCAGCACCGAGCUCUUCAAACUCAAGAACUGCUACGAGGAAGCUCUGGAUCACCUGGAGACGGUGAAACGGGAAAACAAGAACCUGCAAGAUGAGAUCCUGGACCUGACGGACCAGAUCAGCCAGGGAGGGAAGACUAUCUACGAGCUGGAGAGGACCAAGAAGAUCCUGGAUGUGGAGAAGAGUGACGUCAGAGCCGCUCUGGAGGAAGCACAGGGAACUCUGGAGCACGAGGAGAGCAAGACCAUGAGGUUCCAGAUGGAGCUGCAACAGAUGAGGUCUGACAUCGAACGCAAGAUCGCAGAGAAAGACGAAGAGAUUGACAACCUCAGGUACCACAGAUCAGAAACUACAGCUAGCUAA